CUGGCCUACAAAUCCCUGUACCCACCGCGCUGCAGCCGCGAAGAAGGGGGAGCUUUCUGGUGACUCUAAAUCUUGAUGCUGCACAAGUCUGAUUCAGUAUUCACAAGAGGCUUUUGGGGAACAUGAUAUCUCCUUCGCCGGAUGCACGAACGGACUUUGCUGCCGCGGUUUCAGACUUGUUGUUUGUGGCGAAUGUGCCGUUGCGUCGCAGAGGCUAGGCGCGCAAGGCCUUAACGUGAAGCUUGCGGAAUCUGCUGUGGGAAGACAAACGCCAGGGUUUCUCGGGCAACUACUGUCAUGGCGGCGACUGCCCCCGGUGUGGGGGCCUCCGCGCCCGAGGCGGCGGGGUCCGCCGAAGCCCCGCUGCAGUACAGCCUUCUCCUGCAAUAUCUGGUGGGCGACAAGCGUCAGCCUCGGCUCCUGGAGCCCGGUAGCCUGGGCGGGAUUCCGAGCCCGACCAAGAGUGAGGAACAGAAGAUGAUCGAGAAGGCGAUGGAAAGCUGCGCCUUCAAGGCAGCGCUGGCCUGCGUGGGAGGAUUUGUCUUGGGAGGUGCAUUUGGGGUGUUCACUGCCGGCAUUGAUACCAAUGUGGGCUUUGACCCUAAGGAUCCUUACCGUACGCCGACAGCGAAAGAAGUUCUUAAAGACAUGGGACAGAGAGGAAUGUCCUACGCCAAAAAUUUUGCCAUUGUGGGUGCCAUGUUUUCUUGCACUGAGUGUUUGGUAGAAUCUUACCGGGGAAAAUCAGAUUGGAAGAACAGUGUCAUUAGUGGCUGCAUCACUGGAGGAGCCAUUGGUUUCAGAGCUGGCUUAAAGGCCGGGGUCAUCGGUUGUGGAGGUUUUGCUGCUUUCUCUGCUGCCAUUGAUUAUUACCUACGGUGAGAGUUCGUGCCUCCGGGGAAGGACACGGCCGGCCCAAGGUCAGCGCUGCUCUGUGGAGGCCAGUUCCUGUCCCACGGCAGCCCACUCACUUCAGAGACCGCAGACCUUUGUUUUCCCUCACAUCGUUGGUGUCGUGAGGGAGCCACCUGGCCGCCGCCACCUCUGAGGAGCCACGUUCUCUGCUUCUGGAUUCCAGCCACUCCGUGUGUGGGCUGCGCCAUACCAGCCUCUCUUGGGCGCAUCGGGAGUGUGUGGAUUGUAGGAAUUAAGCUCCCCAAGGGUCCAGUCCCGACCGCAGCUGGCCCUCUGGUGGCUUGGUGCGGUGGGACCAGAGGUGACUGGACAUGUACCAGGAAGCUCGUCUACUUCGGGACUCCGCGCAGUCGUCCAUCUCACAUGGCAGGGCAGAGUAAAUUUAUACUGUCUGACCCAUUAUGUCAUUUUGUUUAGUGUUCUGCUAUCUUUGUUAAAAAAAAAAUUAGAUUACAGUUUAAAAGGUUGGUUGGUUUUUGGAGGGGGAGGGAACAGCGACAGAGUGGGUCUUUGGAGCCGCCCCUGGAGCCAGAGUGGUCCUGUCCCCUUCUCUUCCACUUCCCAUUAUGAACAAUUAAGGCCGUUCAUACCAUAAAAUAAAUGAAUAAAUAAAG